UCUACGGAUAUGGCCGCGUAUCGGCAAUACAACACUGCAAUGUUUUGUAUAAUCAUUUUUUAAAAUGUAUAAAGUGUUUUUUUAUUAUAGUGACUAGUACUGACUAGCAGAUUGUGUAUAGUGCUGUGAUAUUUGUAAUGGAUAUAGAAGAGAGCGAAAUAAGAGAUGCAAUCGAGAUGGUAGAGACUCUCCAGUCCAUGAUCGACGUUGCAGCUGAAAGACUCGAGGGUCUGAGGACGCAAUGCUCUACAAGUGCGGGGCUGACGCAGCAGGAGAUCCGGACGUUGGAGGGUAAGCUGCUGAAGCACUUCGCGAAACAGCUGAAAAUCAAGGAGCGCUUCGAAGAAAUUUUGCCGCAGUUGAAUGACAUCCCUUGCUUGAGGCAAUGGUUACGUGUGGUUGGGCUCAGCGAAAUAGCCAUACAGCAAAUAUGCCUCCGAGUGUCAACCCUGGAUUCUCUCCGAGACCGUUCGGAUUCCGAACUACGCGGUUGGCUGGUUUCCGUUCGAGAGGAGGAAUGGAAACGAUUGUGUCGGGCUAUGAACCGAUUGAGAGCUUAUAGUGACGCCCUAAAUCGCGGCGAGGCGGAAGCGGAAAUCCAACUGUACUGGGAUUCCUGGGACCGGAAUCGGCAAGAAUGGGAGCGGACGAGACUAGAAUGGGAGCGGAGCCAACAGUGGCGGGGGUCACCGCGAGCCCGCAUGAGGCAGCGCGGCUCCGUACCCAGUGACCCCGACCACACGCCACGUAAAGUUGGCAAAUCACCUAGGACACCUUUAAACAAACGGAAAGAGAAUUCUCAUCUCCCGGCACCUACGAACCUCACCAAGUCGCGGUCACACGAGAGUCAGCUCGCAGGACGACCGGACGAAGUCGGACAGGACGUAAGCGACAACUCCGGCGCGGAAGCCGCUCCCUCCCACUUGGAAGGCUUGGGCUCGCCCCCCGCCACCCCCUUGGUGCCGGUGCCGCCCUCCCCCGCGCCGCGCCCGCCCACCCCCGGCCCGCCGCCCGCGCCCGCGCCGCCCGACCCGCCGCCCGCCGACCCCCCGCACACCCCCGCCUCCGCACGCGACGGCAGCCUCGCCGGUUCACUACCGUACAGCGUGAUCGGAGCCACUCCCCGCUCCCCGCGCACGCCCGUAGGCCGCUGCAUGGCGCAUGACAUCGCGCACCGAUUCGCCAAGACUUUCAAUAUGAUAGCGACGUGCGAUUAUUGUGACAAGCAGAUGCUGUUCGGAUCUGGACUUAAGUGUAAAGAGUGCAAGUUUAAAUGUCACAGAGAUUGCGAGGCUAAAGUACCUCCAUCGUGCGGCCUACCUGUCGAGUUAGUCCACGCAUUUAGAGACAAAGUUAGCUUCAAAGAGAGUCCAUUUGGGCCUACUCCCCUCCUGCACCUCCUGGCGGCGGGCUCGGCCGGGUCGCCGGGCGCGUCGCGCGGCUCGCUGCUCGGCACCAUACAGCGCACGCACCGCCACAAGGAGAGGAGGCAGAAACACCCGGGCGAUGACCUAUCGAACUCUUCCUCGUGCAACAGCUCCACACCUUCGUCGCCAGCGCUAGUGGCGCCCUCUACCCCCCACCACCCUCCGCACGUGUUGCAGCCGGCGCAGCCGCACAAGCCCCAGUUCCACUUCCCAGAAGUGAAACCUCCGGUGUCAAGUCCCAACCACGUGACGCCGGCGCCGACGCCGGCGAGGAUCGUCGACUUCAGUUCUGAAGUGGAGGAGAUUGAACCUGAAGAAAUGGCGGAAACGAACGACGCGCUGCAAGACUCGCUCGACGCCAACAACCAGAACCAACCGGGGCCGUGGCCGAGACAAAAUAGCCUAUCGCUAAAAGAAUGGGACAUCCCCUACGACGAGCUGAUACUCCUGGAUGUGAUUGGGAAAGGCCGCUUCGGUACCGUCUACCGCGGCUGCUGGCACGGCGCCGUCGCGGUCAAACUGCUACACGUUCAGACCCUGUCCGACCACGCCAUACCUCUAGACACCUUCAAACAUGAGGUGGCAACAUUCCGUAAAACCCGUCACGAGAACCUCGUGCUAUUCAUGGGCGCGUGCAUGAAGCCGCCGCGACUCGCCAUCGUGACGUCACUGUGCGGCGGCAUGACGCUACACAUGCACAUCCACCUGCGGAAGGACAAGUUCAACCCCAACAAGAGUCUUAGUAUAGCGCAGCAGAUCACGCAGGGUAUGGGGUACCUGCACGCGCGCGGUAUCCUACACAAGGACCUUCGGACGAAGAACAUUUUCGUCGAGAACGGACGCGCCAUCAUUACCGACUUUGGACUGUUCAGCGUCACCAAGCUGUGCUUCGGGAAUAAUGCUCGCGGCGACAGUCUGGGCAUCCCGCCGGGCUGGCUGUGCUACCUGGCGCCCGAGCUCAUGCGCGCGCUGCGGCCGCACACGUCGCUGCAUCUGCCUUUCAGUAAGCGGACCGACGUGUACGCGUUCGGGACGGUAUGGUACGAGCUACUUUGCCUCGAGUUCCCGUUCAAAGGGCAGCCGGCCGAGGCGAUCAUCUGGCAGGUCGGCAAGGGCGUCAAGCAGGCGCUCGGCAACAUGUCCUCCACCAAGGACGUCAAGGACAUGCUAAUGAGCUGCUGGGCGUACCAGCCCUCGGAGCGCCCCGACUUCGCGUCCCUCCUCGCAUCCUUCGAGAAGCUGCCCCGCAAGCGUCUCGCACGCUCGCCCUCGCACCCCGUCAACAUGUCGCGCUCGGCCGAGGCCAUCUUCUGAGACUGACGCGCUCGCACCGGCGCGGCCCGCGAGUGCGAGCGCAACGCCAACGCCCUCAACUCCAUCUGCCGUGUUUCUACAUGAACCAGAUGAGGGAAAUGAAGGACAGACAGUUAGUAUUCAUUUGAAAUUGUUCAAUAGCGCUAUUUUGCGAAAGAAGUUGUUUAAAAUGCUUCUAAAAGUUAUGCGAGAGCGAGCAUUUAGAACAACAAAAAACGAGACAAAUGAAAAAUACAGUCUUUAGUAAUCUGAUACAUAGCGUUAAGACGUUGACAUGAUUUUCUAACUAUACCUAGUUAUAGUUUCAGUUAAUUCAAUGUAAACGUAAAAAUUCAACGCUUUACUCGAGUUCCUGAUAAAAAUUCUGGGUCGGAGUUGACUAUCGAAGGAGCUUUUAUCGAGUCCGCAAAAAUGAAAGUGUCUCAAAAUAUAAUCAUUAGCAAUGGCAAGACAUGGCGGCAUGUGCAAAAUUAAACGUGAGUGGUUUUUCAAAUGUCAGCAAAGAGGUGGUUAAAUUUCAUAUAUAACACAUAAACAACACAUAAUUAUCUAAGUAAUAUAAAUCCUUGAUUCUGUUUGUUAGUGUUUGAUGUAGCAAACCGACUUAUCGUUAACCUACCGCAAUAAUGAAGCUUCUGACAGGUUGUACCCACAAUAGGGUCAACGCUAACUUAUAUUAGCAUAAGAAUAAUUUUAAAGUAUCUACGUUGAAAUAAUGUUAAUUUACUCAAAUCAAUGAGGUACCAGUGAAGCAUACAAAGCAGUCCUAUAUUUUAAAAUUUGACAGUGUUCUAAUGUAAUUAAUAUCAGUAUCUUUAUCAUCCUGUAAAAUUCUUUGAUUGUUGCAGUCACCUCGUUGGUUAAACUUGUAAAGCCUUGAUCUCGUAACUAGAGUAACGAGUAAAUUAUAUUUUCUUAUCAAACUGGACGUAGAUUUGUUGAAUGUGUAAAUAUUGUACAGUGUUACUAGGUAUGUGGAUGAUAUGCUAGGCUUUUACUUACUCAUGACCUAUAUUUAAUACCUAAGAUGUGUUAAGAAUAAUUUUGAGUAAAAAACAUGUAAAUAAAAUGGUACUUAUGCGGCGAUCAAACGAAAUUUUUUCCUAAAAGAAAAUUGUAAGGACAUGUCAGAUGAUAGAAUCAUACCUGGGCAUGAUACAAAGGAAUUGCGCAAGUGAAAGCCUAAGUGUUAAAUUUGUAUAAAUUAAUAUAAUGUUGACUUGACGUUUAAAGUAUACUGAAUUUGUCGACCGCGAGUGUCCUUACCUUGACAAGGUGUUAUAUUUAUGUAUAUUUCCAGGCAAAUAUAUGUAAAGAAAUCUUGAGCCUAAUAAUUGGAAAUCUCUUAUCUGGCAGUUUUAGGAAAUAUAUGCUUUAUGUAGUUAGUUCUUAAGUAUUUUAUUCCUACUUUGAUUGUUCUCAUGGUUGGUACACGCAUCGGCUAUGUAUCAAAGCAUGUGUAAAUACUGUUCAAACUUAUUACUAAUAGUUUCUUAACUGUCAGGUUAUUUCAAAAUCUUAAAAGAUGUUGAACUGUAGUUGAUGAUGAGAAAGCAGGGCUUGGCAAAAGUAAAUAAUCUUUUUAAAUGUUACAUUUAAUUUUAUUCUUGGAAUUUCUAUUUCAAUAGAACACCACAAAGUCCACAAAUAUAUGAUGACCGAGAAAUAUGCAUGUAAAAAGUUAUAAAAGUUGAAAACAAAGUAUUAUGUAAAAAUGGGGUUAAUAUUUAAGAUUGAGAAAUAAAAUUUGUUACAUCUCAUCUUAAAAUUGUUUAUUAAUCAUUUGAAUUUUAAUAUAAUUAUACCUCGUUUUUUGGUAAUGGUCAACAAUCUUGUUGAGUCUUUUUAUUGAAAAACGCUUUUUUUAAAUAGUAAUUAUUAUCUCUAGAAAGUAAAAGAAUGUAAAUGAUCAUAUGCUAUAUAAUUGUCACAUAUUUGCUGUGACUUAUUUUUCAAAAGCGUUUUUCAAUAAAAAGGACAUGUCAAGAUUGUUUACCAAUUCUCUAAUGUUAAAAAUGUUGUACUUUGUGUUCAUUUUCACAAAUUGAAAAAUGGUCUUAAAAAUCAUUGCAAUAUAAAUCUAGCGGUAGGCAGAUUUUUCUUAUUAUGCUUUUGUUUAAUUUCUGCGUAUUUAUAGUUGUUGUGAACCUGAAGUGUUAGAUAAGACUACCGAAAAUGUAUUCUGCCUACAUUCAUGUUAAAAACAAUCAUUAAAAUGAUUUAUGACUGUAAUAUUAACCUGGUUCUUACAUUGUCAUCAGAAUAGUAUAAAACUUGUAAUUACUUUUACAAAAUUUUAUUAAUAAUAUUAAAUAAUAAAAGAAAAUUAUUCUGGUCACUCCACUCCUAUUGAAUUUAGUUGUAAAUGGGGGGUGUUGCCACUUGAUGUGUAUAUAGGGGGUGUGGCUUGACAUGUAUCAUAUAUUUAUUGAUAGAGGAGAGUGUGAGGCAGUAGGUUUACAUAAAUAAUGAGAUUUUGAAUGAUUAGGAUAGUCGCAUUUGCCAAAAUAAAUCUCCAUCACUGUU